CUUUGCUGAUAAAGUGAAGCACGGAGCUUCUGGUUCUCUAAAUCGCGUCCAGAUUCUUUUUUUCUUUUUCUUUUUUUUUCUUCAUUUCUUGUUUCUCUCUUGAUUUGGAGAGAUUUUGUUUUUGUUUAAUCGGAACGUUUUCCGAUGAACCGACAAAUUCAAGUUUGAAUGAAUCGAAAGGGAGGAGGCCUUUUGGAUUAUCUUUUUAAUCUGGAUCUGAGUAGAAAUUUUGCCGAUUCGUGGAGGUGAAAAUUCGCAGAUAUUCCAAGCUUUGAUUCUCUUACGAUUCUUCAAGUCUUUGCGGUUAAGCUUCAAAUUUCGUCUUCUACCUGUUUCUGAAUCCUCUGUUUGGCUUGUUUAUCUCACUGCCUUUUCUGGAAGAUUAUGGAGGCUACGACUUGUUUCCAUUGGUCGCAGCCGUUUAUUCCUCAUUGUCCUUCUUCUCCGCAGACGCUAGCCUCCACUGUACUAUCUCCGUCGUCCUCCAAACGCCGGAACUAUGUCGACGGAGGAUCUCUCGUCGGGCGGUGUGUUCAAAGGUUGGAGCAAUCGAAUCUGUUCGGUUCUUCAUCGACGAAGCUCCAUCGGUCGCGGUCUUGCGAGAUUUCGAAGCCGAAGAGCCGCAGUAUGAAGAGAACUUGCAGCGCGAGUUUGGAUGCGUUCUCGGACGAGGAAUUUUCCAAGAAGAUUCAGGAACUAACGCUCAGAUUCCAAUGUUCAGCUGACGAGAAUGAAACUGGCGGUAGCAAUAGCGCCUCCUGUGCGGAAUCAGAUUCAGUAAUGGAAUUUGUGGAGCCGUCGUGGCCGGAAACCGGUCACGAACGGCCGGAUUGGCCGGGGCACGACGAGCUUUUCCCGGCGAUGAUUGAACGAAGGGCGAAUAACUUCGAUCUUCCGGUUUCGCUCAGAAUGUUAAAGAAGAAGUUACAAUGGCGAGAGGAAAUCAGAGAAUCGGCGGGAUCUUCUCAAUGCUCCGUCAAAAAGGCCUUCUCCUCCGUUGUAUUCAUGAUUCGCGAACUUCAUUGCUACACUCUGCGCCUGCGGGAGAUUCUGUACUUUGAAGAUCUACAGAGCAUUCUCGUUCGUGUCCAGAAAGAGACUCACGCUUCGUUCGUUUGGUUAUUUCAGCAAGUUUUCUCUCAAACUCCAGCAUUAAUGGUCUCCAUUAUGAUCCUUUUGGCCAAUUUCACCGUCUACUCCAUAGGGAACAACGAAGCUUUUGCGUAUACUUCGCCGCCUCCAACCGCCAUGGUUUCCGUCGUUGAAUCACACGACCAACACCACUCCAAGUUCGAUUCAUCCACCAUCAGUACAUUCUCUGUGUCCUCAUCCAGUGGAAAAACAACAUCGAUCGGCGGAAACAAUGGCGGUGGAGGGAAAGUACGGCCGACCGCCGGCGGAGUCGACGAUGACGGACAGUUCGAUCAGUCCGAUCAAUACCGAACAAUCCUCCCGGACAACGCCUCUCAGGUUUCUUCAUUUGGAACGGCGAAGGAGGCAGAGUCGGUCUCGAACAUUGAAGAUGAGGAGGAGGCUAGUUUGUGGAAUUCGGUAGUUGAAGAAGCUUCGAAGAUGCGCCAAUGGCGAGACGAAGUUCUGGAUCGAGAUGCGAUGCGGAAUCUGAUGUCGCCGGUGAUGGCGAAUAUAGAAACGGAUUAUUACACAGAGUAUUUAAGAACAGAGCUUCUUUAUCAAACCAGUCUUUUUCAAGAUCCUAACAAUCCUCUCCUCCUUACGAACUACGCCCAGUUUCUGAACCUCGUCGCCCAUGAUUAUGACAGAGCCGAGGAGUACUUCAAGCGGGCGGUGGCGGUGGAGCCACCGGAGGCGGAAGCGUUCGACAAAUACGCCGCUUUCUUGUGGCAGGUGAGGAACGACUUGUGGGCAGCCGAGGAGACUUUCUUGGAGGCUAUGUCCGCCGAUCCAGGCAACUCUUACUACGCUGCCAACUACGCCCAUUUUCUAUGGAACACCGGCGGUGACGACACGUGUUUCCCCCUCGACUCCCCAGAAGCCUGAUGAGAAUUCCUUCGCCUAUCAGUCUCCGACGGCAACGGCGGCGGUGGUGGACAACGGCCACGUUGUUAUGGAAGGAAUUAGUGGGAUGGGCGGUGGAUUUGGGCGGUCGGCAUUGAAAGAGUAGAAAUCUUGAGUUCUUUAUUGGCUGGUAGCAUGCAUCUUCACGUGGCUAUGGUAUGUUACAAUGUAUAUUUAAUUUUUCGUUCUUGGUCUUUGUUAAUACAUAACCUUUUUUUUUU